AUGGCAGCAGAAGCCAAUGAAGCAUCCACAGUUACUCCCAGGUCGGAAGCUGAAGGACCCCCACCAAAGGAGGCCCUCAGCCCUACCCCGCCUGGCCUGACAGAUCUGUCCCAGAAGGUGACCCAGCCUGACCUCCCACCUUCAAACUGGCACCGGGAGAAGCCCAGGAAGAGUAGUCGCGCUCUCAAGGAGCUGGGCGCUGUCCAUGUGGUCAUCGCUCUGGUGUACUUGUUCAUUGGAGGUUACCUGGUGGCUGCCGUCCAGAACCUUCACCUGGUGGUCCAGAAGUGUUGGUAUCCAUUCUGGGGGGCUGCCUCUUUCCUCAUUUCCGGGAUCUUGGCAAUAACAAUGGAGUCGUUUCAGAAAAAUUAUCUGAAGAUGUGCCUGAUAGCGAACUCCAUCAGCUUCCUCUGCGUGCUGGCUGGCCUCUUUGUCAUUGCUAAGGACCUCUUUCUGGAGACUCCGUUUGAGUUCCCUAUCUGGAAACCGUACCCCAAUGAUACUGUCCACAUCCAGAGGCUAGUGCUGGCCCUCCUCUGUGUCACCUGUGUGGAGGUCUUCCUGCCGGGGCUCAUGGCCAUCAUGGCGUACAAGGAUGCCCGCCUGUCUGCAGAGGAGGAUGACCUGUCCCUUGUCCCUGACUCACCACUGGAGCUCAAGGAGCAGUCAAUGAUGCCUCCGCCAUCCUACGAGGACGUCAGUCAAGGCGACCUGCAGGACGAGCAGGAGAGGAGGUGA